AUGGAUAUGAAGGUUUGUCCUAGUUUGAUUGUUUCGAGUUUUUACAGGUUAGAAUACAAAGGGCAUGAAAUGUGUUGUAAUCAGAACCACGAAAGAGAUACGGACAAAAUCCUAAGUUUAAGAGAGGCCCUAAAAUAUGUUCACAGGGAGGAUGAGAUCGAUUGCGCAGGUGGAGCAUACAGGUUACCAGAUAAUUGUAGUAAGCUUGAAAACGCCCUUUUUGAUUCGUCUACAGGUUUGUUGAAGAAUUCCAUAGACAUGAUUUUAGAUUUGGCUGAUGUUUCUGUAAUAAGAAAGCUUUUCCUGGGGACCUCUGCCAAGGACCUUCUUAUUUGGGGUGAGGAGUUAAGUGGCAGUAUGUGUCACGAAUGCUUUUUUUUCAAAGAGGACUGUGCUUGUGAGAGAGAGGUAGGAAAAGUUGCGGGUGCCCUAAUUGCUGAGUUUCUGUUAUUGAUGAAGUUGGAGGUGAAAGCUCUUUAUAGAUUUCAUUUUACACUUCUCAUGGAGAGACAGGCAGUGGCGUUCCUUCACAAAGUGUUGGGAACCUUGGCACCCUUCAGCUAUGAAUUUAAUAUCAUGGAUAAUAAAUGCCGUUUGAACAUUGUGUCGCACAUAUGGACUCUGCUGAUUACGACCCUCUUGUAG